CUUCCGCUGUCGCCGCCUUCUUUGUCUCCGGCCCAAGAUUUCGACAAUUAAGCAUCAUUACUUUACUCUAAUUGUGCGGAUAUAUUUACACAUAUAUCCACAUUUUAAAAUAUUGAAUGACUGUCGAAUCUGAGCUAUUUAUGCCUAAAAGUAAAGCGCCAAAAAUGGACGACCUGGACUACAUCCCAGUAGACCUGAGCCCAGAGGAGCGUGCCGAGCUGGAGGACAUCCGCAGGAGGAAAGGGGUUCUGCUGCAGGAGAUUCAGAGGCUCAGAGAGGAGCUUCGAGAGGCCAUCUUAGAAGUAGAGGGACUAGAGACCAGCACAGAGGGGAGUAAAACUCUGCAAAGCAGACAUGUGGCAAUGGGAAGGAAGAAAUUCAACAUGGACCCUAAAAAGGGUAUUGUGUUUUUGGUUGAAAACGAGCUGCUCAGACACACACCAGAGGACAUAGCUCAGUUCCUUUACAAAGGUGAAGGCCUCAACAAAACAGCGAUAGGAGAUUACCUCGGAGAAAGGGACGAUUUUAACAUAAAAGUUCUUCAGGCUUUUGUUGACCUUCACGAGUUCACUGAUCUUAAUCUUGUUCAAGCCCUGAGGCAGUUUCUGUGGAGUUUCCGUUUGCCUGGUGAAGCCCAAAAGAUCGACCGAAUGAUGGAGGCUUUUGCUCAGAGAUAUUGUCACUGCAACCCCGGUGUCUUCCAGAGCACAGACACAUGCUAUGUGCUGUCAUUUGCGAUCAUUAUGCUGAACACAAGCCUUCAUAACCCAAAUGUGAGAGACAAACCUGGAGUGGAUCGCUUCAUCUCCAUGAAUCGUGGCAUCAAUGAAGGAGGAGACCUCCCGGAAGAGCUGCUCAGAAAUCUGUAUGAAAGUAUUAAAAACGAGCCCUUUAAGAUCCCAGAGGAUGAUGGAAACGACUUGACACACACCUUUUUUAACCCGGACAGAGAAGGCUGGCUCCUCAAACUCGGGGGACGCGUAAAAACCUGGAAAAGACGAUGGUUCAUUCUUACAGACAACUGCCUUUACUACUUUGAAUACACUACAGACAAAGAACCUAGAGGAAUCAUUCCAUUGGAAAAUCUCAGCAUCCGUGAAGUGGAGGAUCCAAGGAAACCGAACUGCUUCGAGCUGUACAUCCCGAACAACCGCGGGCAGCUCAUUAAGGCGUGUAAAACAGAGGCUGACGGGAGAGUGGUGGAAGGUAAUCACAUGGUUUACCGCAUCUCUGCUCCCACGCCCGAAGAAAAGGACGAAUGGAUCCACAGCAUCAAAUCUGCAGUCAGCGUGGAUCCUUUCUAUGAGAUGCUCGCAGCCAGAAAGAAACGUAUUUCACUGAAGAAGAAGGAAGAGCAACCGUAAAAUCCUGCCUCUUUCUCUUCGUCUUCCUGUUUAUCCUUCCAACGUGAGGCUUCGGUCCUCAGCUCUUGUAUUAGUUUACCACCUUCUUCCCACCCUUAACACUACCCUGUCUACAAGACGUUUUAAUGCUGCAUUUUAGAGAGAAAGAACAAUAGAUUUCUCAUUGGGGAGGGGGGUGAGGGCUGCAAUGCGACCAAGGUAUUAAUUAAUGACCACAUAAAUGUAUUCUUCAUUUUGUAAAAUAGUUUUCUGCUUUGGUCCACAUUAGUUUUUAAAGUGGUUGAAGUAACCUUUAGAAUGGAGUGAGUCUUGUAAUCUAGCACUCGAAAAAAGGUCUUUGCUGUCUGGAACAGCUUGUGCAUGCCCUAUAGAUGAAGCAUAGCUGUUUCUUUUUUUUUUUACAUUUGAGUGUAAAGGUUAGCCUUAGCUUAUCUGGACCAAAAUCAUUGUAUACAAGAUAAAUUAUCAGAAGAGUGUAUUCGAAGCAAACUUUGAAGGCCCUGUACCUCGAUUUAUUUGUGUCAGAAUCGUAUUCUAAAGCUUUUGUAUCAAUCUUGAAUCUGAAAGCUGCAGCAGAGUAGGCAGAAUCCUCCAGUUAAUGUAUUCCACUCCUACAAACUUUUACAUUAUGUGGAUUGCAGUUCCGCUGGCUGCCCACUGCCUCUGACAAGGUGCACCUACGGAUGUCACAAUAUCAGAUCUAAGUGUUAACAUAACUGAAACACACACACAUACACACAAAAAAUCAUAAUACAACCAUUUUUAUUCACGGUUAUUGCCGCCUCAACCAAACAACAGUGCAAUCCAUAACUUUCUUUCCUACACUUUGUCUUAUACAUUGCUAUUUCUCUAGUAUGUGACCAGAUUUAGCAAUGUUAUUGAGCACUUUACUUUUAUGUUUACAUUUUUAGAGUAGAGAUUUAAUUUUAGUUAUUUUGCUUUAGAGUGGUUUAGAAUAUCUUUUGUUGUUACUAUUAAAUUGUGACCUGAAAAAUCACAAUUACUGUAUACAUUAAGAGAAUAUUAUUGACAUCCCCAGUUGCACCAUCGAAGGGCGGGUUGAAGGACACAGUCAGUCGUAACUUUACCUCAAAUCAUGCGUAGAAAUUCACGUAGAUGUGGAGCUUGGUUUGUGAAUGCUAAAAUUGAGUUGGGAGCUGCUUUCAAUUGGUUUAAAUUCAACUUUAUCCCUUCAAAUUGGGUACAGGGCCUUUCCAUUUUUAUUUUUAACUUCAUACCGCUCACUUAAUAUGCUGAUGAUGCUCUACCCUAGUUAAAAUGUGAAUUCAACAUCUAAGAACUUUGUGUAUCUGAUGCUGGCUGAAACAGACAAUGAAGGAGAGAGGGUUGAAUGCGUACGAAAUGAGCCAAUCCCCAUCAAUAGUUUGGCACUGACAUUAUCCUGGUAAUUUAAGACUGAUCACCACAACUAUAAUCAAUUGAAAUAGCACAAAUAAGUGAGUAUUUUUUAAAAGAAACUACUGAAAGUAUUAAGGUCUCUGGAGUAAGGUUGCAGGAGAGUCUUCUCGUCUCUUACUUUAUUGAUAGAUUGGAUAAACUUGUAAUGUGUUGAACAGAUUAUAAGCUAUAAGUAUUAACAAGUUAAACAAUAAUUAACAUUUUGGACACUGCAUAAAGGAAUAUCUAUUCUACACGACUGAUUUCAAGUCAAGAAAGGAUUGAUUUGAGUAGUUUUGACCAGUUGAGGUUGUCUUGAUUGUUUUCUUUUAACUGUGUCGGCAGUAGAUUAAGAUAUUUGGAACUCAUAACCAGAGGUGGGGUCUUGCAAGUCGUGACUUGGACACGAGUCAGACUUGAGGCACUAUUUUUAGGACAUGAGACUUGAUAAAAUGGGCUAAGACUUGGGACUUGACUUGGACUUGAGGCCUGUUACUUGAGAAGACUUGAGAAGCAUUUUUAAAUCUGAAUUCUUUCUAUUCUGACUGUAAUGAUUCACACUAAGACCUUGUCAAGACAUUUAAAAAGGAAAAAUUUACAUUUCUACAACUCUUAUAUACUCUAUAAAUACUCAUAUAAAUAUACUAUGAUUUUUUUAAGAACAAUUUAUUUUCAAAUUCAUAUAAAUUGCAAAAAUCUAAGCUAUAUUUGGUACUUUGGUUUAAUGACUUGAAGCUCAAAGCAGACGACUUGGACUUGACUUGGACUUAUGGGCCAGUGACUCGAGACUGGACUUGGACUUGCCUGUAUUUGACUUGGGACCUGACUCAGGACUUGAGAUCAAAGACUUGAGACUUACGUGAGACUUACAAACAACGGCUUGAUCCCACCUCUGCUCAUAACGUCGUAAGUGCAAGAGAAAAUGUAUUGAAGGCGCUAAAAUACAACAAAAUCUCAACAAGAAAAUACGACAAGAAAAUACUGAAAGUGACGCAUUUUCUGAUCAAUGUUAUAAUGUUGUUCCUUUUUAAAACAGACUUGGAGUUGUGUUUUCUUUCAUACACACACGUUUAACACACAAAUCUUGCAUAUUUAGUCUGAGUUCUUCUCUCAAACAGAACAAUUGUGGUGAUUCACUGUGUUUUUAAACUCCAUACACCUUCACUUGAGUCAUUUAGAUAAUUCCAGCCCUGAAAUUUCAAAUCACUACUGAAGAAAAGACGAUAACUAACAAAAAACAUAAAAAUUACAAAACACAACUCCAGUUUCCAGGAUGUUUUUGAAGAGGUAACAACAUUCAAGAUCACAAGAGUCAAUUUUGUGUUACACAGGACCUUUUAAAACAAGAUUACAAUUCUCAAUAAAGCAAUUUUAAGUGUAGAUAUCCUUUUUGCAGUGAACCAUAGUACAAUUUCUAAACUAACAUAGUCUCCAAACUCUGGUGUCUUUUUCCUGUUUAAAAAUGGCAUGAUCCAGAACUCAAGAUGGCAGCUCACUACACUGUAUACCGUUUGUACAUAGAUGUUAGAAUGUUUAUGACAAGUUUAGAGGCGAUUUAAUUUAUUGUUUCUUCUUUAGUUUACCUUUUUAAGAACUACUGUAGAACUGCAUGUUGAUGGAAAAACUGAAGCAUCGACCGCGAGUGUGUGUUAAGUGUUAGUGUUCCCUGUCCAGAAACACAAUGGGCUGUUUUCUAAAGGAUCUAAACUGAUUCUACGGUCAAAUUUUAUGUCAAAAUCGAGAAGCUUUCACCUCGUUUAUGGCUAAGCAAAGACUGGCACGAAAUUUAACAUCUCUGUACAAAAAUAUGCUUUCAUUUGGAAACACAGAAAGUCGUGGCAUUCAAACCAUACAAGAAUUAUUACGGUAUUUGUUUUUGGAUUUCAGCAUUUUCCGUUUUGGAUAAUUCGUAAAAGUGAAAAAGCUGACCUAUUACAAUGUUUGUCUGAUCAAUUAAGUUGAAACUCAACAAUUGAGUUUUUAUUUGCAUUAUAUUUUUUGACAAAAGACCUAUUAAAUACUGUUUUUUGUUGUUUUUUCAGUGGAUUCACAGGGAAUACUAAUAGAAACGCUAAAAAUGUUACUUCAUGUUUUUGUAUGUGACGAUUCGGCCACCAGUUCACUAACUAUAACCGUACGUGUGUUGAGUUGUCAUGACUCAACACAGGGAACAAUUUACUGCACUUUAUUCAUUUUUUGGGAGAAAAUGUAAAAUGUUGGUACUAGUCCAGCUUUGUAGCGCCCUCUUUUGGUUACAGCACACACUGCAAUAUACUGGAACAUAAACCACUUACCUGCACUGCAAAAAAGGAAUAGCUCCGGGAGUUAAAAUGACUGAAUUGUAAUCUUGCUUUCACUUGUUCAGAAAUUUUCCCAUACCCAAACCAAAAUAUGCUUUUAUUAAUCUGCUAAUGAUGCAUAGUAUUUAUAUAAUUGCAAUUUAGCUUGAUAUUAUGCUUGAAAAUAAAAUAAAAAAAGUCACACUUCUCAGAAACCAAACAAUUAAAGGACAUACAUAAUGCAUAAUUAGUACUGUUCUGGUCUUUAAACUAUCUUUUGCUUUGGCAUUUCAUGUUUUAGACCAGAAAAUAAUUAAAUCUACCAGCAAAAGACCCAAAACCCCAAAGAACUAGCCAUUUAAGCAACACGACCGGCAUGACGACGACUCUGGCUAUUUAUGGUUCGUGGUCGUGGGAAAAUUGAAACUGAGUGGUUUCUGAGGCCUAAACAUGAUUAAUCAGACAAGCAUAAAUAGAGCAAAAUACAAUUCCAGUUAUCUUUUAGAAGAAACACUGGUAUAUCAUUGUUUUUAGAUUAGAAAAAAGUUCAACAUAAUGUGUCUUAAAUUAUUCUGAACCCAAUGAAGUCAUUUUAGCGCACAAGAUUUUCCUCUUUUGCACUGUGUUUGGUACCAGUUGUAAAGUGCUGCAUGAAGCUGUGAGACCUCAGACAAAACCAUUGAUUUACAUGGACCUAAAGAUAAUGCCUUUUAAUGUCAUUUGUAAAGUUGAUUCCGCUUGCCUUUAAUUUAUGCACUGUAAAAAAUAAUAUUGAGUUAAUAUUACUUGAAUUCAUAAUAUAUCUCGCUUUUGACUCAUUUUAGAUUUUUUUACUUGAUAAAACGUAUCUAUUUCACAAUAUUUCUGACAUGAAGGCUGCAUUGCUUCUCAUUUUUAGCUAAAUUGUCAGAUUCUGGGGUGAGAAGAUUGCACUUGAAAAUGAGAAAACUUUCUUGAACCCAAUUUGCGGAGUUUGUUUCUUAAUCCAAGCCAAAAUAUUUGAAGAAAAGUCAGAACUGGUUAAUAAUUUUGAUGACAUAGGCUAUUGAACUAUUGGAAACCACUCCAAUCUAUGGUCAAUUCUGUCACUAUAACAUACUAGAUAUUACUUUUUACAGUGUGGCUUUGUGUGAUCAUGUGCAGGAUGCCAACAGUGUAACUCAAUUUCCACCGAUCACGUCUAUAAACUGUGUACACAUACUGAAGUUAUCUAUACUGGACUUUGAUUUCCCAUUAGUUUGACACCAGAAAAUGUCUUUUAUUAUUUUGUAUUUAUUUAUUUGUACUGUGAGGUGACUAUGGAUAGAUCAUCUGUAAAUGUAGCAGAAAGGAAACCAUGAUUCAUUGGUGCCAGUUAUCAAUUGUCUAACUAAUAAAGUUAAACCAAAAGUA